CUCCCUCGCAUGUGAUUGGUGGUUGAAUGACCUGUGUGGUCGCGCUGCUGAAAAAGCACGUUUCUGCUGUUUGACCUUCAAAAUUGCCCAUCAUAACUUUUCGGGAGUAUUAUUGACUGAUUGGUAUGUCCGCUCUUUUAGAGGAUAUUUUCGACGUAAAAGAUGUUGAUAAAGAUGGAAAAAAGUUUGACAAAGUAUCAAGAUUGUUUUGUGAAAGUGAAUCAUUUAAGAUGGGAUUGAUUUUGGAUAUUCAUGCUCUAAUAUAUGGUCUUUCAAAGGGUGACAAGUUUCGAAUGGUGCUUACCAAAACGUUGUUGAAUGAACUGGGGACGGAUGCUGAUGACGAUGAUGAAGACGAUGCAGCAGAUGAAACUGAUGAGAAGCUAGCAAACAGUAAGAUGGCAGAGUUCGAUUAUGUAUGUUACGGGAAGAUUUAUCGGAUAGAAACCCAAGAUAGUGGAGUUGACUCCAGUAGAUUGUCAUGUUAUGUAUCUUUUGGUGGAUUACUCAUGCAACUAACAGGAGAUGCUAGCAAUUUGCAAGGUUUCCGUGUUGGAAAACAUUUGUAUUUAAUGAUAAAGAAGUUGGCAUUUUGAAUUCAUAAUUGUCUUUUCACGUGUACAUAAACCAUCAAAUCUCUCAUCCGUUGGAAAAACAAUCAAAAACCUAAUAUUUAUAUUCAAAGAUUUCUCUUGCCGUAUUUUUCAACUAUACUUAAAUUUGAGUUAUUUAUUA